GACAACAGAACUGAAAGAGAGAAAAAACUUGAAGAAUGGCUUCCGAUCACGUCCUCAAGGAACGCAAAGUGGUGGUACUCCGCUUUUCACAAUGUUACUGCCAUGGUUGGAGCCGGAGUUCUUGGUCUCCCCCAUGCCAUUGCCCAACUUGGAUGGGGUCCUGGACUGGCAGUGUUGUUCUUAUCAUGGGUUAUAACUCUGUAUACAUUAUGGCAAAUGGUUGAGAUGCAUGAAAUGGUCCCUGGGAAACGAUUCGACAGGUACCAUGAGUUAGGCCAACAUGCUUUUGGAGAAAAACUUGGUCUAGCUAUCGUUGUUCCACAACAAGUAAUCGUUGAAGUUGGUGUCUGUAUUGUUUAUAUGGUGACUGGAGGACAAUCCCUCAAGAAAUUUCAUGAUUUGGUUUGCGGGACUAACUGCCAUGACAUCAAGCUCACUUACUUCAUCAUGAUCUUUGCUUCUGUCCAUUUUGUUCUUUCCCAUCUCCCCAAUUUCAACUCCAUCUCUGGUGUGUCUUUGGCCGCGGCAGUCAUGUCCCUUAGCUACUCUACAAUCGCAUGGGCUGCUUCCUUGAAGAAGGGUGUGCAGCCAAACGUAGAAUACACAUACAAACCUCAAUCCACAGGAGGGACAGUACUAAGCUUCUUUAAUGCACUGGGUACCAUUGCGUUUGCUUAUGCUGGCCACAAUGUAGUCUUGGAGAUUCAGGCCACUAUUCCUUCAACCCCUGAAAAGCCUUCAAAGGGUCCCAUGUGGAAGGGAGUGGUGAUCGCCUACAUUGUGGUCGCCAUAUGCUACUUCCCAGUUGCUAUUAUCGGGUUUUGGACUUAUGGAAAUACUGUCUCGGAUAAUAUCCUGAUCAGUUUGGAGAAGCCCACCUGGCUCAUCGCUGCUGCUAAUAUGUUUGUGGUGGUUCACGUUAUUGGAAGCUAUCAGAUUUAUGCAAUGCCAGUGUUUGAUAUGCUCGAAACUGCGCUGGUCACCAAGUUAAACUUCUCCCCCAGCUUUAUUCUACGCUUCAUCACUAGAACCGUAUAUGUUGGUUUAACCAUGUUUGUUGCAAUUUGCAUCCCGUUCUUUGGAGGGCUUCUCGGAUUCUUUGGAGGAUUUGCAUUUGCCCCAACAACAUAUUUUCUACCUUGCAUCAUGUGGCUUACUAUCUAUAAACCGAAAAAAAUGAGCUUAUCUUGGCUUACUAACUGGAUCUGCAUUAUACUUGGAGUUGCUUUGAUGGUAGUAUCGCCUAUAGGUGGAUUGAGGCAGAUCAUUCUUGAUGCCAAAAGUUACAAGUUUUUCGAUUAAGUUGGACGUUUUAGUAGCUAGAUAUUAAA